ACCGGAAGUUCUUAUCAGAUCGAAAAGUACCUACUAGUUGACUUUACGUUGACGGUACGCGUUUUUCUUUGUUUUUAUUAUUGUACUAAUAUUUUAAUUAAAAGUUUCUUGAAAAUAUUGAACUAUGAAAAAAGGAUACAAAGUUACGGAUGUGAAACGGAUUAAAAAAAUUGGGGUAGCAGCUGAAAACCUGGAAGAAUUAAUUGAAAAAUCAUGCAAAAAGUUAGGAUUCAAUGUCAGCUGCGCAGAAUGCAGACUCUACGUAGCCGAGGACGGGACUCAUGUAGAUGACGACGAUUAUCUAAAAACUUUGCCACCACAGACACUAUUCAUCUUAUUACAGGAAAAAGAAAAAAUGGUAACUGAUUUUGACUACUACUACAAUCUGAUUCGCUCCUGCAAAAAGGAUUACAUUGAUACUGGAUUAGCUGCAAAAGAUUUUCUAAGUACUAAUUUUAAAGAAAAAUUCCAAGUAUUCCAGAAGUAUAUUGCAGCAGCUAAUGAUGCAAAAACUUUGCUUAGCGAGCGAACUCAAGAUCCCGCAUGGUUUGAGGGACUUGAGCCCUCUGAAAAAACAAAAGAGCAGUCCAUGUCGAAACGUGUGAAAGAACGCAUGCGAGGAUAUUUUUAUAAAACCAAAAGUGCUCUGCAAUCAUCGGAAUUAUACAUACAUUCCAGAAAUGGACGAAGUAAGAAACUAAUUGACCAGUUCCUAUUAGACUUACGAAAGCUGCUGGAAUCCAAUAAAUAUAAUGAAGGUUACUUCAAUAGACAUGAUAAUAUUACACGUAUGUGUAACGAAAAUGGACUUUUUGAAUGCGGGGGACUAUGGAACAAUCAAAGAUGUACCUAUGAUGGUGAACAUGUUAUAAAUCCCUAUAGAACCCGGGAAGAGCGUAUUAUUUUUCAAACUUGGAAUUUAGAUCAUAAAAUUGAGUUAUCCAGAUCAGUCGUGCCGAUGAUACUGAAAGCUAUUGAGAGAUUAGGUCAAGCAACAGUUCAGUGUACAUCUUGCAAAAAAAUCGCCGGCGAAGGUUAUAUUGAAGCUGAUAGAUAUUAUUUACAGAUUUUUACGCGCGAAAAUUUAAAAUUGGUGCACAUCGUUUGUCAUUAUAAAGGCAAACACGACAUCCAGUCCGAUGUAUACACGUUAUGUAAGAAAUGCUUGGUCAGUCAAAUGAUACAAUCAUAAAUUUAUUUUAUAUUAAAUGAUAACGCAUUUGUACAUAUUUUUCUAUGCUUAGAAAUAUUAAUUUAAAUAUUUAUAUUUUGAUUUUAUAAUUUUUGAUUAUAAAUCAUGAUAUUAUUAUAUUUUGAUCUGUGUGACCUUUUUACAAGGUCAUAUCGAAAUUUAAAAAAUGAAGGGGUAAUCGACAUACAAACUGCUAUUUAAAGACUAGGCAACUAACUACGAUCCAUUAAUUUACUAUUUUUUUAAUCGGUUCGUAAAACAAUUUCAGUUCCUAAACUAUUAAAAUACUGAUUGAUCUUCUUUUUAUAACAUUUUUGUAUGCUAUAUUCCUUAAACGAAAUAAUGUAAAGUGCCAAACUACACGUGUAAGACUGCAGAAUACGUUUGUACGUCGAAUUACCACUUAGUAGCAACAAUAUUAGUUGCAACCGAAAAUUUUGCCUUUUUUUCAUGUAAAUCCAUAAUCACAUAGUUAUCUUAAUAUCAAAAAAACUAUAUUUUUUGACUACUUAUGCUUGGUAUGUAUUUUCGUGAUAUAUUAUGUACUUACCUGUAUUUAUUAUUGUCGGUAAAGUCAGUUUGAUCAAAAGUUUUAAAAACAAAAAGCAAAUGUUGUAAAUAAAUGCAAAAAGUAUAUAUAUAUUCAUGAGAUAAAAUAGGCAAAAUUUAAUAAUUUACGGAACAUUUUCGUAUCUGUAAGAUACCAUACUGCCAGAACUAUUAUGAUAAAAUAAUUAUAAUAAAUAAACAUCUAUGAGAUGUUUUAUUUACUACUGAAUUAUCGUAGUAGCCUUUUAACAUAGUCAUUAUUUAAAACUGUUGAUAUUAUUAAAAAUCUCUAAAUUUUUCUAUUCCUUAAUUGAUCUCCUCUACCCUUAGUUAAUUAGAAUAAGUGUAUUGUAUGUAGUUAAUCACCUACUAUAAUUAUUAUCAAAUAAAUAUUUAUUUUUUUAUUAAAUGAUGGACUUAUAU